GGGAGGGUUUGCUCUGCCAUCUUGCUUGGUGGGUAGGUGUAGCGAGCCCUGGAGACAUGUUUCUCCCUGACUUUGCUUUUCUGUCUAGUUUCCCAUUUCAGACAAGGUUCGCCAAAUGCAUGAAAUGCAAAGGAAAGAGGAAUUGCAUUCAACCUGGGCAAAAGUGCUAGAGAAGACCAUUGACAGAAAUGCCAUAUUUGUCAUCGACAAUGCCCAUUUCAUUGACCCCGCCUCCUGGAGUAUCAUGGCACCUCUGCUCUGGAACAUCUCUGUCUUCAUGGUCAUGAGCUUAUGUCCCGGCUUUGCAAGAACCGAGAGCUUUCACAAAGCCACAGCAAACAACCUGAUGUCCCAUAAAAUCAUCUGCUUUCAACUAGAGAAGCUGAAACCUUCAGCUGUGGCGCAGAAGCUCUGCCACGACCUUGGAGUGGUCAGCAUCCCUAGGGCUUUAGUGAGGUUCCUGGUCCAAAGAAGCUUGGGGAUCCCGUAUUACUUGGAGGAGCUGGUGCACUUCCUUCGUUGCAACGACAUGCUCUUGUUCCGCACCAAGAAGUGGGGUGAAAAAGCAGAGGACAGCUGGGAGAACCUGAACACUUUUGCAGUCUUGGAGUCAUCCCUCACAGCAAGCUCAAGGUCCAGAGCAGGGGCUGCGGCCAUGAUCUGCAUUGUAAGGCCAGGCGUGAACCUGGACAGCACCAUGCUGCCCAGUAACUUGAAAGGCCCUGUGAACUGCAAAUCCAGUAGGAGCGGAGCCAUUGUGCAGACACCUGUCCUGGGCUGCAGUUGCCCAGAAGUGGCCAGU